AUUAACUCUUUCGGGAGCUGAUCUGUCUAAAGUUGGAUCAAACCGAUAAUGAAAUCAAAUCUCUUACAUCCUUCCGAAAAAACAAUCACUAUUCAUUUUCAAUUAUCUCUCUUUUGCAUCUUAAUAUUUCUCAUUAAUACUAGCAGUAGUAACUUAUCAUGUUCAAAUGAUCAAGUUCCUUGUUUGAAAACAAACACAUGCGUCCCAAAACAACAAUUCCGUGAACAAGAAUGUAAAGUCACUUGUGAAAACAAUCAGAAAUUUUGUGAAAAACAAAAUAAAUGCAUUCAAGAGGCAAACUAUACAGUCAAAGACUGCCAAUCACAACAACAAUGUCCUCAAGAUGAAAAACUCUGCAUGAAAACACAAACAUGUGUUGCUGAUAAGGAUUUCAAAGAAGAAGAUUGCAGACCAGAAUGCGAAAACGGAAAGAAAUUCUGUAUGAUGAGAAAGUCUUGCAUUGAUGAAGCAAGUUACAAAGAAGACGACUGCAAACAAAUGCCUCACUGUACUUCAGAUGAAAAGUAUUGUAUGAAGACAAAAGAAUGUGUUGCUGUUAAAGAUUUUAAGGAGGAUGAAUGCAGACCAGAUUGUGAAAAUGGAAAGAAAUUCUGUAUGAUGAGAAAGGCUUGCAUUGAUGAAGCAACAUUCAAGGAAGAUGACUGCAAACCAAUGCCUCACUGUACUUCAGAUGAAGAGUAUUGCCUGAAGACAAAGGCAUGUGUUGCUGUUAAAGAUUUCAAGGAGGAUGAAUGCAGACCAGAUUGUGAAAAUGGAACGAAAUUCUGUAUGAUGAGAAAGUCUUGCAUUGAUGAAGCAAGUUACAAAGAAGACGACUGCAAACCAAUUCCACAAUGUGGUCAGGAUGAAAAGUAUUGUAUGAAGACCAAGGCAUGUGUAGCUGUUAAAGAUUUCAAGGAGGAUGAAUGCAGACCAGAUUGUGAAAAUGGAACAAAAUUCUGUAUGAUGAGAAAGUCUUGCAUUGAUGAAGCAAGUUACAAAGAAGAUGACUGCAAACCAAUGCCUCACUGUACUUCAGAUGAAAAGUAUUGUAUGAAGACAAAGGCAUGUGUUGCUGUUAAAGAUUUCAAGGAAGAAGAUUGCAGACCAGAAUGUGAAAAUGGAAAGAAAUUCUGUAUGAGACAAAAAGCUUGCAUUGAUGAAGCAAGUUACAAAGAAGAUGACUGCAAACCAAUGCCACAAUGUGGUCAGGAGGAAAAGUAUUGCCUGAAGACAAAGGCAUGUGUUGCUGUUAAAGAUUUCAAGGAAGAAGAUUGCAGACCAGAAUGUGAAAAUGGAAAGAAAUUCUGUAUGAGAAGAAAGGCUUGCAUUGAUGAAGCAAGUUACAAAGAAGACGACUGCAAACCAAUGCCACAAUGUGGUCAGGAUGAAAAAUAUUGCCUGAAGACAAAGGCAUGUGUUGCUGUUAAAGAUUUCAAGGAGGAUGAAUGCAGACCAGAUUGUGAAAAUGGAACGAAAUUCUGUAUGAUGAGAAAGUCUUGCAUUGAUGAAGCAAGUUACAAAGAAGACGACUGCAAACCAAUUCCACAAUGUGGUCAGGAUGAAAAGUAUUGUAUGAAGACAAAGGCAUGUGUUGCUGUUAAAGAUUUCAAGGAAGAAGAUUGCAGACCAGAAUGUGAAAAUGGAACAAAAUUCUGUAUGAGACAAAAAGCUUGCAUUGAUGAAGCAACCUACAAAGAAGACAACUGCAAACCAAUGCCACAAUGUGGUCAGGAGGAAAAGUAUUGUAUAAAGACCAAGGCAUGUGUUGCUGUUAAAGAUUUCAAGGAAGAAGAUUGCAGACCAGAAUGUGAAAAUGGAAAGAAAUUUUGUAUGAUGAGAAAGGCUUGCAUUGAUGAAGCAACAUUCAAGGAAGAUGACUGCAAACCAAUGCCUCACUGUACUUCAGAUGAAAAGUAUUGCCUGAAGACAAAGGCAUGUGUUGCUGUUAAAGAUUUCAAGGAAGAAGAUUGCAGACCAGAAUGUGAAAAUGGAAAGAAAUUCUGUAUGAGACAAAAAGCUUGCAUUGAUGAAGCAACCUACAAAGAAGACAACUGCAAACCAAUGCCACAAUGUGGUCAGGAGGAAAAGUAUUGCAUGAAGACAAAAGAAUGUGUUGCGGUUAAAGAAUUUAAGGAGGAUGAAUGCAGACCAGAUUGUGAAAAUGGAAAGAAAUUUUGUAUGAUGAGAAUGGCUUGCAUUGAUGAAGCAAGUUACAAGGAAGAUGACUGCAAACCAAUGCCUCACUGUACUUCAGAUGAAAAGUAUUGUAUGAAGACAAAAGAAUGUGUUGCUGUUAAAGAUUUUAAGGAGGAUGAAUGCAGACCAGAUUGUGAAAAUGGAAAGAAAUUUUGUAUGAUGAGAAUGGCUUGCAUUGAUGAAUCAAGUUACAAAGACGACUGCAAACCAAUGCCUCACUGUACUUCAGAUGAAAAGUAUUGUAUGAAGACAAAGGCAUGUGUUGCUGUUAAAGAUUUCAAGGAAGAAGAUUGCAGACUAGAAUGUGAAAAUGGAAAGAAAUUCUGUAUCAGAAUAAAAGCUUGUAUUGAUGAAUCAAGUUACAAAGAAGAUGAUUGCAAACCAAUGCCACAAUGUGGUCAGGAGGAAAAGUAUUGUAUAAAGACCAAGGCAUGUGUUGCUGUUAAAGAUUUCAAGGAAGAAGAUUGCAGACCAGAAUGUGAAAAUGGAAAGAAAUUCUGUAUGAGAAGAAAGGCUUGCAUUGAUGAAGCAAGCCAUAAAGAAGAUGACUGCAAACCAAUGCCACAAUGUGGUCAGGAUGAAAUGUAUUGUAUGAAGACCAAGGCAUGUGUAGCUGUUAAAGAUUUCAAGGAAGAAGAUUGCAGACCAGAAUGUGAAAAUGGAAAGAAAUUCUGUAUGAGAAGAAAGGCUUGCAUUGAUGAAGCAAGUUACAAAGAAGACGACUGCAAACCAAUGCCACAAUGUGGUCAGGAGAAAAAGUAUUGUAUAAAGACCAAGGCAUGUGUUGCUGUUAAAGAUUUCAAGGAAGAAGAUUGCAGACCAGAAUGUGAAAAUGGAAAGAAAUUCUGUAUGAGAAGAAAGGCUUGCAUUGAUGAAGCAAGUUACAAAGAAGACGACUGCAAACCAAUGCCACAAUGUGGUCAAGAUGAAAAAUAUUGCAUGAAGACCAAGGCAUGUGUAGCUGUUAAAGAUUUCAAGGAAGAAGAUUGCAGACCAGAAUGUGAAAAUGGAAAGAAAUUCUGUAUGAGACAAAAAGCUUGCAUUGAUGAAGCAACCUACAAAGAAGCUGACUGCAAACCAAUGCCACAAUGUGGUCAGGAUGAAAAGUAUUGUAUAAAGACCAAGGCAUGUGUUGCUGUUAAAGAUUUCAAGGAAGAAGAUUGCAGACUAGAAUGUGAAAAUGGAAAGAAAUUCUGUAUCAGAAUAAAAGCUUGUAUUGAUGAAUCAAGUUACAAAGAAGAUGAUUGCAAACCAAUGCCUCACUGUACUUCAGAUGAAAAGUAUUGCCUGAAGACAAAGGCAUGUGUUGCUGUUAAAGAUUUCAAGGAAGAAGAUUGCAGACCAGAAUGUGAAAAUGGAAAGAAAUUCUGUAUGAGAAGAAAGGCUUGCAUUGAUGAAGCAAGCUAUAAAGAAGAUGACUGCAAACCAAUGCCACAAUGUGGUCAGGAUGAAAAGUAUUGUAUGAAGACCAAGGCAUGUGUAGCUGUUAAAGAUUUCAAGGAAGAAGAUUGCAGACCAGAAUGUGAAAAUGGAAAGAAAUUCUGUAUGAGAAGAAAGGCUUGCAUUGAUGAAUCAAGCUAUAAAGAAGAUGACUGCAAACUAAUGCCACAAUGUGGUCAAGAUGAAAAGUAUUGCAUGAAGACCAAGGCAUGUGUUGCUGUUAAAGAUUUCAAGGAAGAAGAUUGCAGACCAGAAUGUGAAAAUGGAAAGAAAUUCUGUAUGAGAAGAAAGGCUUGCAUCGAUGAAGCAAGUUACAAAGAAGAUGACUGCAAACCAAUGCCACAAUGUGGUCAAGAUGAAAAGUAUUGCAUGAAGACCAAGGCAUGUGUAGCUGUUAAAGAUUUCAAGGAAGAAGAUUGCAGACCAGAAUGUGAAAAUGGAAAGAAAUUCUGUAUGAGAAGAAAGGCUUGCAUCGAUGAAGCAAGUUACAAAGAAGACGACUGCAAACCAAUGCCACAAUGUGGUCAAGAUGAAAAGUAUUGCAUGAAGACCAAGGCAUGUGUUGCUGUUAAAGAUUUCAAGGAAGAAGAUUGCAGACCAGAAUGUGAAAAUGGAAAGAAAUUCUGUAUGAGAAGAAGGGCUUGCAUCGAUGAAGCAAGUUACAAAGAAGACGACUGCAAACCAAUGCCACAAUGUGGUCAAGAUGAAAAGUAUUGCAUGAAGACCAAGGCAUGUGUUGCUGUUAAAGAUUUCAAGGAAGAAGAUUGCAGACCAGAAUGUGAAAAUGGAAAGAAAUUCUGUAUGAGAAGAAAGGCUUGCAUUGAUGAAUCAAGCUAUAAAGAAGAUGACUGCAAACUAAUGCCACAAUGUGGUCAGGAUAAAAAGUAUUGCAUGAAGACAAAAGAAUGUGUUGCUGUUAAAGAUUUCAAGGAAGAAGAUUGCAGACCAGAAUGUGAAAAUGGAAAGAAAUUCUGUAUGAGAAGAAAGGCUUGCAUCGAUGAAGCAAGUUACAAAGAAGACGACUGCAAACCAAUGCCACAAUGUGGUCAAGAUGAAAAGUAUUGCAUGAAGACCAAGGCAUGUGUUGCUGUUAAAGAUUUCAAGGAAGAAGAUUGCAGACCAGAAUGUGAAAAUGGAAAGAAAUUCUGUAUGAGAAGAAAGGCUUGCAUUGAUGAAUCAAGCUAUAAAGAAGAUGACUGCAAACUAAUGCCACAAUGUGGUCAAGAUGAAAAGUAUUGCAUGAAGACCAAGGCAUGUGUUGCUGUUAAAGAUUUCAAGGAAGAAGAUUGCAGACCAGAAUGUGAAAAUGGAAAGAAAUUCUGUAUGAAAAGAAAGGCUUGCAUUGAUGAAUCAAGCUAUAAAGAAGAUGACUGCAAACUAAUGCCACAAUGUGGUCAGGAUAAAAAGUAUUGCAUGAAGACAAAAGAAUGUGUUGCUGUUAAAGAUUUCAAGGAAGAAGAUUGCAGACCAGAAUGUGAAAAUGGAAAGAAAUUCUGUAUGAGAAGAAAGGCUUGCAUCGAUGAAGCAAGUUACAAAGAAGAUGACUGCAAACCAAUGCCACAAUGUGGUCAAGAUGAAAAGUAUUGCAUGAAGACCAAGGCAUGUGUAGCUGUUAAAGAUUUCAAGGAAGAAGAUUGCAGACCAGAAUGUGAAAAUGGAAAGAAAUUCUGUAUGAGAAGAAAGGCUUGCAUCGAUGAAGCAAGUUACAAAGAAGACGACUGCAAACCAAUGCCACAAUGUGGUCAAGAUGAAAAGUAUUGCAUGAAGACCAAGGCAUGUGUUGCUGUUAAAGAUUUCAAGGAAGAAGAUUGCAGACCAGAAUGUGAAAAUGGAAAGAAAUUCUGUAUGAGAAGAAAGGCUUGCAUCGAUGAAGCAAGUUACAAAGAAGACGACUGCAAACCAAUGCCACAAUGUGGUCAAGAUGAAAAGUAUUGCAUGAAGACCAAGGCAUGUGUUGCUGUUAAAGAUUUCAAGGAAGAAGAUUGCAGACCAGAAUGUGAAAAUGGAAAGAAAUUCUGUAUGAGAAGAAAGGCUUGCAUUGAUGAAUCAAGCUAUAAAGAAGAUGACUGCAAACUAAUGCCACAAUGUGGUCAGGAUAAAAAGUAUUGCAUGAAGACAAAAGAAUGUGUUGCUGUUAAAGAUUUCAAGGAAGAAGAUUGCAGACCAGAAUGUGAAAAUGGAAAGAAAUUCUGUAUGAGAAGAAAGGCUUGCAUCGAUGAAGCAAGUUACAAAGAAGACGACUGCAAACCAAUGCCACAAUGUGGUCAAGAUGAAAAGUAUUGCAUGAAGACCAAGGCAUGUGUUGCUGUUAAAGAUUUCAAGGAAGAAGAUUGCAGACCAGAAUGUGAAAAUGGAAAGAAAUUCUGUAUGAGAAGAAAGGCUUGCAUUGAUGAAUCAAGCUAUAAAGAAGAUGACUGCAAACUAAUGCCACAAUGUGGUCAAGAUGAAAAGUAUUGCAUGAAGACCAAGGCAUGUGUUGCUGUUAAAGAUUUCAAGGAAGAAGAUUGCAGACCAGAAUGUGAAAAUGGAAAGAAAUUCUGUAUGAAAAGAAAGGCUUGCAUUGAUGAAUCAAGCUAUAAAGAAGAUGACUGCAAACUAAUGCCACAAUGUGGUCAGGAUAAAAAGUAUUGCAUGAAGACAAAAGAAUGUGUUGCUGUUAAAGAUUUCAAGGAAGAAGAUUGCAGACCAGAAUGUGAAAAUGGAAAGAAAUUCUGUAUGAGGAGAAAGGCUUGUAUUGAUGAAGCAACAUACAAGGAAGAUGACUGCAAGCCAAUUACUGAGUGCACUUCAGAUGAAAAGUAUUGCAUGAAGACCAAGGCGUGUGUUGCUGUGAAAGAUUUUAAGGAGGAAGACUGUAGAGUUGAAUGUGAAAAUGGAAAGAAAUUUUGUAUGAGAAGGAAGGCUUGCAUUGACGAAGCAACCUAUAAAGAAGAUGACUGCAAACCGAUUACUCAGUGUGCUCAAGACGAAAAGUACUGCAUGAAAACAAAGAAAUGCGUUGCUCAGGAAGAUUAUAAGGAAGUUGAUUGUAAAGCAAUAGCGAAUUGUGGUUCAAAUGAAAAAUUUUGUUUGAAAACUAAGAAAUGUAUUGCUGUUGAAUUGUUCAAGGAAGAAGAUUGCAAAACUGUUUCGCUGAUUUGCCCUGUUGUUGCAGGAGGUAAAGAUGCUGGAACUUGUGGUGCAGUUUGCAAAGAUGAGAAUGAUUGCGGUGCAGGAAAAAUUUGUUGUACUAGUGCAUGCGGUGGAAAGACUUGUACUGAUGGAGAAAAUAGUAAUAAACCCAUUGGUUUAUUAAUAUAUAAAAAUGAUAAAACAACGUUAGAGUCUUUGGUUUCGAGCAUUAAAGUUGUUGGUGGAGAAGCCAAUAAUCUUCUUUUUAAACUAAAGUCGAAGACCUCAGUGUCUCUAAGUGUUACUGAAAAAGAUUCAACUAAUAAUGAAUUUUUGUCAGCGGCUGGCGAAUUGUCAGUAACUGGAAAACACGGAUGGUAUUCCUAUUCUCUAGAAAUCUAUACACCCAACAAAGUUCUAGCGAGAGAGAUGGAUGUAAUGAUUUUAAAGUUCCCUGUGAACCAGAAGCCGGUAUUGACCCUCAAGAAAAAUGUUAUUAAUACUGAUGAAGAUUCUGAAUCGGAUGAUCUUAACAUUGAGUCUUUCUUUGAUAUUGAAGACAACGAAAUCAAGCCUGCUGAAAGUUGGGAUGAAACAAAAUACGGAAAGAUGUCUCCUGCAGCUAAGAAAUAUGAAGUACUUUAUCAUAGAGAGGUUGAAUUAGCUUCGAAAGCAAAAGAGAAUGCUAUAUUUAUAAUGCAAUUUCCAAGAGUUCAAAAUGUCAAGAAUAUAAAAUCUAGUCUAUUCGUAAAGGACAGCAAAGGCGCAAGACGAAAGUUAUCAAUGGUUGGAGGCGUUGUCAAAUCUUCUGAUAAGUUAAUUGUCAAACCUGUUGAAAAUUUCCAUGGUGAAUUUAAAUUGAGCGUCUAUCCUGUUGACGAUAGCGGUCGAAGAGAAAUAGCAAAUUAUGUAAGAUCAUCAAAAAUCAAUGAACUAUUUGAAUUUUUAAAAUCUAGCGUUCAUGUUGGUGUUGCUAAGUUAAUUGUAGUAAAAGUAGCUCAGUCCAAUGAUUCUCCUUACUUUUUGAAAAAUGACAACUUCUUUAGUCUUUAUAAAAAUCCAGCAACGGCUGUAAAAGACCUUUUUGUUCCUGAAAAGAAUGACAAUUAUCAAGGAGCAACUGCAAAAUCUAUUGUUAAUAGUUUCUAUGGCGACGAAGAGACUAAAGAUCUUGGAAUGGCUGUGUUUAUGGCGCAAGAGAGUACCGUUUAUGGUAAUUUUGAGUAUCAGAAAGAUGGAGGAGCGUGGACGAAACUUAUUGUCGGUUCAGAUUUAACAUAUCUCACUAUUGAUUCAUAUAGAAGAGUUAUAGCACCAUUACUCUUCAAACUACAAGGCAGCAGUGUGGUCAAUUCUCGUACAAUGUUGAAUGACGUUUUACCUAAAUUAAGCACUAAAAGUGAUAAGAUAACAUUGGUAUAUUUGAAACCUAACGACAGAAUUAGAUAUUUACCAAAAGAUUGGUCUGCUUCUUGGGAGAAGAAGAAAAUUGCUCAUUUUGGCUUUUAUGCUUGGGAUAUGAAUAAUAAAACUCCUACAGAAUCGAUUGAUGGACCUCUUUGUAAAUCUGACUUAUGCGGUGGAAAAGGCACUCUAAGUUUCCUUCCUGUUCUUAGCUUAGCUCAAAAGGUGGACUGCAAUGGAGUGCCAGGAGGUAGUAUUAAACGUGAUAAAUGCGAUAAAUGUGCAGGAGGAAAUGAAUGCUUGAAGAAAGACUGUAACGGAGAAGUAAAGGGAACUGCUUUCAUUGACUUAUGUGGAAACUGUGUUGGCGGUAGUACAACUAAAAAGCCUAAUUACGCCAGAGAUUGUUCAGGAAGGUGCAAUGGUAAUUUCACAUUAAUCUCCUUCCAGACAGAUAAAGGAGAAGAAAAGAUUUGUCUCGAUAAAAAUACAAACACUACAAAAUUCCUAUUCUCGAGGUGGUGUGACGGUAAAUUCAAGAGUUCAGCAAGAUUAAACAAAUGUAAAAAAUGCUUUGGGGGAAGUACAGGACUAACAAAUACAGCAGGAAUGGAUGUUUGCGGAAUUUGUGGAGGAGAUGGAAAAUCUUGUUUAGAUUGUAAGGGAACAGUUAGAGGAACUGCAACAGUAGAUAAAUGUAAUAAAUGCAAAGAAGCGAAAGAUAAAACCAGAGAUACCGACUGUAUAAGUCUAUUCUCGAUAAAGCCUAUGAAUUUAUUUUAUACGAAGAAAGAUAAGCUGAUUAUCACUGGAGUUGGCAUCAAUUUAUUCAAAACAGUUGAAAAGUGUUCACUCUCAAGUCAAUCUGAUUCUAACAAAGUUAAUUUACUAGAUUCAAAAAUAGUUAAUAUAAAUGGGGAAACCGUUGUAGUCGCCAAUUACGAUGGAUCAGCAGCAGCAGGAACAUAUAAAGCUGAAUGUCUUUUUAAAGGAGACACAGAGAAAACUCUAACCUCUGAGAAGACAAUCGUUUUAAUAGGAAAUCCGAAAGUUACCAAAUUCAGUGUAAAAUCUAUCCAAAGAGGUUCAUCUGACGUUCAAACUGGCAUGGCUACUGUUGAAGAUACACUUGAAAAUCCAGUGUGUUUCUUCAUUUGUCCUCCAAAUUCAAAAUCUCUACCAUUUUGCGCAGCAAGAACAAAAUUCAGUAAAUUCGUAGAAAAGAAUCAUUUGGUUCUUAUAGGCUGUAAAAAAAAAGAAGAUACCAAGUUGGAAAUUAAUUUGAGAAUGUUCUUAAAGAUUCAACCGACCUCAUUAAAUAUUAAUAUUGCUAAUAUCUUACCAACAUCCGCUAGUGAACUUCAAGGAACUCCAUCUGUUUCGCUUAAAGUAAUUGGAACGCCUCCAUCUGUGAAAUCUGUUAGAUUUAGCUCUAAUUUAUGUUAUCUGUUUGUUAAAUUUGAUAAAGUCAUUGAAAUUAAGGGAAGAGAUUGUAUAUCGAAGAAGGCAGAUUAUAAAGAAUGCUGCAAAGCUAUGUGGAAAUCGGCAGACUUGGAUAAAUUCGGAACAGGAGCUGAAUGCUUAUUAACCAAUAAUGGCGAAUUGGCAAUAAGACUUGGAAAGGAGAAUAGAAAUCUUGUAUCUGGUACAACUUUAAGUUUAAUUGACGAUAUUAUUAAAGAGAGAGGAGUCGAUGAUUCUGUUGCAGCUUAUCUUACAUCACAAACAAUCGAUAUACCUGAUAUUAAAGGAAAACUCUUUGCUACUCUUAUAGCACCAGAAAAAGUUGGAGGAGAUUCCAACGUCAACAUUAGAGCAAAGGUAGGUGGAGCUCAAGGAUGUACAAAGUUAAAUUACGAAUGGACACUGGAAUUUAUCACUGGUCAGAAUCCUAAUGCCGAUGCUCAGACAAAGCUUGAUUCCACUAAAUCUAACCUGAAAAACACUGGAGAAGUUAGUCUUGGAGGUAGCGACUUGGCUCCAGGCUAUAACUAUAAAAUUACAUUAAAAGCAACAAAUUUCAUUGGAACAUCCAUUACGAAAACGGCUGAAUUUGAGAAAGCAACAGAGGAUCUACCUAUUUCUGUUAAUUUAAUAGCACCAGAUCAAGCGGUUGAUCCAAAAUCCAACUUCCGCCUUAGUACUUCAAUAAUUGUUGAGAAAACUUUAUCCAAAGUUCGAUACAGUUAUUCAGUAAUGAAUUCGAUAGAUUUCAAAUUAGAUUUUGCCAGAAGUAGAGUAGUUAAUCUAAACGGCAGGAAAUUAAAAUUGCAGGGAGGAAAGACCUACGAAGUACAAGUUACCGUUGAUUAUGAAUUCAAACAAGGUAACGCUGUUAAAUCUGGAUCUUUAACAGCUAGUGCUAAGUUUGAAACAAAAAUACUACCACUUGUUGUCCUACUAAAAGGAAAAGGCAAAAUGGAAGAAUCCGCAACUGAAAGCUUAGACGGUAGCUUAUCUUUUGAUCCUAAUGUUGCCGGAGGAUCUUUAACUGAUGCUAUCUACGAGUGGACUUGCGAAAAGACAGAUGAAGGCACGGGAGGACUUUGCUAUGACGUUGAUGGAAAUGUCUAUACCAAGGAAAAAUUCGACAAUAGUUUAGAGAUUUCUGGAAGUAAAUUAGGACAAGGAAAAUAUAAAUUCUGUUUAAAAAUUCAAAAGGAUACUAUAAAAACUUCCAACUGCAAAGAAAUUGAAAUAGUUAAAGAGCCGGCUCCUGUACUCCUGGAUUAUGAAUUGAAAAGCUUUUCAACGAGUGCCACAAUUAAAGCAAAAGUUGAAUCGAAGAAACCAGCUGCCGUUAGUUGGUCGGCUUUGUUCGAAGAUGGUACAACAGUAGCAAGUAUAGCUCACAGCCGUGAAAUAUCGACAACCGACGAAAAGCCAGAUUGUAUAUUUUACGGUCCUCAAGUAAUCGGAAAAGAAAUGCAACAGGCUCGUGUAUGGCUUAAAUGUCAAUCGUUAAAGAUCAAUGCCGUUUAUAAGAUAAAACUGGAAAUAUUCCGUAUUGAUGAAAAUGGAGAACAGAUAGAAUCGGAAAAUGAACAGGAUGCAAACAGUUUAUUUGAUGAAGAAGAAUUUGAGAUAAUUACUCCCGGAGCACCAGAAAUAUUGGAUAUUUCUGUGGAUAAAAAGACUGCUCAAGAAAUAACAGAAGAAAUUAAAGCUACUGUUAAUGCCAUUGACGAUGAAGAAAAUCUACCUCUCCGAUUUAGUCUUGAGAUAUGCGACGAGGAUGAUAAUUGUCGAAUGAUAUCACCGAAUUCUCCAAAGGAACAGCAUCAAUUUACUCUUCCUAAGGGUAAAUUCAGAUACGGUUAUACAGUUUGUAAUAGAUUUGACAUUUGUACCCAAAAACAAUCGGAUGUUGGUGAUGUUAUUGAUGUGACAGCUUUAAAUCUUGACAAAACAUCAGCGGCCGAUCUGGAUCUUGAAGGUUUAGCAGAAUCUUCCGAAGAUCCUUUAGCAGCAUUAAACAAUUUCGUUUCGGGUUCAAUUGGCGAAAAAGGAAAAACGAAUCCAGAAUUUGCAGAGGCCAUUGAGAACGUAAAGUCAUCUGUUGUCAGCGGAAGUUUAGAUAAAUUAGAUACAAGCAAUCCAAAAGAAGGAGCUAACCAAUUAGCUAAAGUUUUAGACAAAAGGUUCCUACCUAAAGUAAUUUCAAAAGAAAUAGUAGAUAAGCUUGUGAAAGGACUUGAAGAUUUAUUAGAGAGUCUUUUCCCCAAACCAUCGAAUUCAUUGAGGAAAAAGAGAGCAACCUCGACUAGUCCAACAAAAGAUCCAAUGACUGCUUCACAAGUUAAGACUUUCAUCGACAGUCAAGAUAUUGAACUUAAACAGAGUUUAACAUCGGCUAACAGUAAAGAUUUCCAAGAAAAUGUGAAGAAAUACGUCAUCGGUAUGUGCAGAGGACCAAUUAUUGAUCAAGACGCAAUUGUUGCCGAAGCCGAUUUAGCCACGAUUAGAUUAAAGAAGAGAAACUUUAAUGAUAUUUCAAGUAUGUGGUUGGACGCCGCUUGUCAAAAUUGUACAAACGACGCUAAAAUUAAACUAGAUAACGAAACGGAAGACGAACUUAAACAAUGGAAUUGUUCAGCCGGUACUUGCUUGGGCGCUUGUAUUGGUAGUGUUGCUAUAACUCGGGAUGUUAUUAGUAUUUCUACAACGGCGCUUGCUCCGUUAAAUAGUCCUCUUAAGUCCAACAUCAUGGCUCUUUUCUUACUCAACUACGAAACUGAAAACUUUGUUGCAGUUUCCAAUUCAAAGGUACAAAUCAAAGUUCCAGUUGUCGGAACAGUAAAUAAUUCGUUUUCGUUGGAAUGUCGUUUCUGGGAAUCAGGCAAAUGGAAUAAUAGUAUUUGUUCUAGUGGUAGUGUAAUGACACAAAAUGGUUCAUCUUCAGUUAUUUGUACAUGUUCCAUGUACAAUUCUUACGUUGCGUUGUUCGAAGCUCCACUAGAAGAGACAACAACUGAUGCAAUGACAACUGCCGCGGCAAUGAUUUCAACUGAAGAAAUGACAACCCAAGCUGUUAACCCAUCAAAAGCUCAAACAGUAGGCCAAACUAAGAGUGGUCAAACGGAUAAGAAUAAUGUGGAUAUUACUACUGAAGCAAAUCAUGAAAUUCAUAUUGAUGCUGAUAAAGUAAAAGCUCAAUUCUCAUUGAACGCUGAUUACAAUACAAUAGUUCAAGAUAAAGCAGCUUUUGAAACUAGUAUGGUAGACCAAUUGGCUGUUCAAUUAUCAAUUAAUAAGGAUAGAAUCUCUGGUCUAUCGGUUGAAAAGGGCAGUAUUAUAGUCAUUUUCAGCAUUCUUAAAGGAUCUUCAGGUCCAACAUUAGGUCAAGUAUUAACAAACCUUCAAACUAAGGUUACAAGUGCUCAACUAGUAAUAAAAUCGCCAAGUGGAGCAACUUUAGCUGUCAUGCAAAAUAGUUUUCAUUAUACACCACCUACGCCAGCACCAACGCCUUCAAAGAAGGACGAUGAUGAUAACAGCAAAACCAAGACAAUUAUAAUAGUCGUUUGCGUUUUAGUUGGUGUUUUAUUGAUUGUUGGUAUAAUUGUUGCAGUUUGUUUGGUUCAAAAGAAUAACCAACAACAGAAAAAGAUACCUUCUUAUAACGAUCAAGCUUCUCAUAGGCCAUUAACUGGUAGUAGACCACCUCCUUAUCAAACUAAUCCAACAGAAACUGGAUAUACGAAUCAAGGCUUUGAUACUAAAUCCAAAUCAUUAGUUUCUCUAUCAAAUCUCAAUAGCAAAUCUGCUAGUCGCCCUCAAACAGCUGCCGAUCCGGAUAGACGAUCUUUGUACAAUGAUUCUAGAACGCCAGCUCCUCUAUCCGGUUCAACUUAUGGUGCGUUAGCUCCAUUAGAAAGUGAAAUAAGGGAACAGCCAUCGUUAGCGCGACCUGGAAGUUCUGCGUCAUCAACCAACUCAAGGUGUCCGUCCAGAGUAGGUACACCCGGUUCAGUUAGGCUAAACUCUGGCCUAGGAAGAAUCUCACCUGGCCUACCCGGAACGCCAACAACUCCUAGAAGUGCUUCAGGAUCAAGACCACAGACAGCCCGUUCCGUUACUAUUACUGGACACGGAGCAAAUACUACUGAAUAUAAUUAG